AUGGGCAAUUCUGCUGUGUUCGAAUAUGAAGAUGACCUGGACAUGGCUGAGGACAAGACUGAGGAUGAGCAGAAGGAGGCCGAGGACAAGACUGUGGAGCAGAAGGAGGAGGAGAAGGAGAAGGAGCAGAAGGAGUUGCAGAAGAAGGCUGAGGAGGAGCAGAAGAAGACUGUGGAGCAGGGUGAGAAUGGAAAGGACAAGGCUGAGGAGGGUGGUCUGAAGGUUGAUAAGGUAAGUGACACUAAAAGUGGAAGAACUACAAAAGAGAAGGGUGAGAGCAGAGAUGACAACAAGAAGGCUGAGGAGGAGGAGCAGGGUGUUGGGAAGGAUGAUGACAAGGCUCAAAUAAAUGAGAAUGAAAAGGAAAGAGACACUGCAAGUGGAAGAACUGGUGACAAGCCCAGAGAUGACAGGACAAAAGAAGAGGACGGAGACACUGAAAGUAGAAGAUCUGGUGAGGAGAAGCCCAGAGAUAACAAGACAACACAAGAGGAGAACAGAAGCAAAGAGGAUGAGAAGUGUGGAGAUGGCUUAAAAGGUGUAUACGAGAAGGACACAGGAUGA